GCCGAAACCGGCCAAGAAGUGUUUGUUUGUUUGCACGACUCGCCAGGUGUUUCGGGUUGCCCCUAUAGACGAGGUGCCGCGGUCCACGCUUGUAUAAAGAGGUGGCUGAUGCGGCCGCCGUGGCGUUCGCCGCCAAGCUGCCGAGGUGCGACCACUCGCACCGCAUGCUGAUAUUCGAGGGCUUGCGAGCUGACGUGCUGGCGCAGGUGGCCAGCCUGGCGAGCGCGCCCCCGGCAGUGGCCCGGUUGGCGCCCGAGCUGCUGGGCGUGGUGGAGCUGGCGGCGCUACUGCUCGACCUGCGCUGCGGCUGGCGCGUCCGGGUGCACGAGGCGCGGGCAUCGGACUCGACCCUGCGGCUCUCCCGCCGCGAAGAAGCGGGGCCCUGCAGGGAAAGGGG